GGUGCGAUAGAGGUUGGGCAUUUAGAGCAACCCUCAUGCCAUUUCCCUCCUACUUAGAUACCAAGCGCAAGGUUAUAUCGCUUCACAACUCAAAGUACUCUCUUCAUAACCCUGCAGCCAUCAACUCCUCCAUCACACCAUAAACAGAGACACAGCUGUGCCCCUACUACGCCAAAGAUGAAGUCCUCUUUGGGACUCUUCGCCGCCAGGCGUUCGUGGGGUACCACGAUAGCCGUCAGAUCUGAUAAGCGCGCCUACGGGAAACCGACAGAGCCAAGACAGUCACUCGGCGCCGCCAACUCACCACACGCCUCAAUAAACGACACAACUCCCUUGACGUUGAAGCCGGCUCUGACGCCAGCAAAGACAAACAGGAAGCCCGUCGAUGGGUUCCCGUUGUCCGGCAUGCCGACGGGCACACUCCUACGGUCCCUCCUCGUCACCACAAUCUCCUCCAACCGCUUCCUCCUCAUCCCCGCACUCAAAACCUUAUCUUUCCUCGCCAAGCCGGGGCGGACGAUCUUGUUCGACGUCGACCGCAACCCCGUCUUGCACAAGAUUUUGCGAAAGACGUUUUAUGACCAGUUUUGUACCGGCGAGACGCCGCAGGAGACCAAGGCGACUGUGCAGAGUCUCAAGGAUUUGGGGUUCAGGGGGGUGAUUCUCACGUAUGCUAAAGAGACUGUCUUUGAUCACUUGACGCAGUCUUCUGUUGAGCAUGGGAAGCUUGUUGGUGCGUCGGCGGAUGGGUUUGAUGAGGAUAUUGAGUCGUGGAAGAAGGGUACCCUCGAGACCGCUGCGCAGAUUGAGGAGGGUGAUUACCUCGCCAUUAAGCUGACUGGUGCCGGCCGUGCCGUGACCACCUCAUUCGCAAACAAUGAACUACCGCCACAGCAAAUGCAAGAUGCUUUGACUGAGAUUGCGACGAUAUGCAAACAGAGGGGUAUCAAGAUCAUCGUCGAUGCCGAGUCAACACACUUCCAGAAGACCAUCGACAGAGUGACACUCGAGCUCAUGCGUCGCUUCAACACGGAUGGAGUCGCAUCCAUCUACAACACUUACCAGGCCUACCUCAAGCACACGCCCGUUAACGUCACGAACCACCUCACCGAAGCUGCCAAGGACGGAUUCACCCUCGGACUCAAACUGGUCAGGGGAGCUUACAUCCUCUCCGAUAACAGGUCAAUGAUCCACGACACCAAGGAGGAUACUGAUCAUGCGUACAACUACAUCUCUCAAGGGGCUGUAAAGCGCAGCAUUGGCGAGUUUGGCACAUCAAAGGCCUUCCCGUCAGUCGAUCUGUUCUUGGCCAGCCAUAACAAGGAGAGCCUCUUCGCCUCGUUGAAGCUACACCAGGACCGGGUCAAGAAUGGCAUGCCCACCGUCCCGAUAUCCUUUGGCCAGCUUCACGGUAUGUCGGACCAAGUCAGCUUCUCGUUGCUUCAGGCGAAGAAGGAGGGCGUGGAGAGCCCCGCUGUGUACAAGUGUUCUACGUGGGGCACCAUGAGUGAGUGUCUGGCGUAUUUACUGCGCAGAGCUGUGGAGAACCGCGAUGCGGUGUUGAGGACAACGGAUGAGCACACCGCGGUGAAGAGAGAGUGUUGGAGGCGGAUGAAGUCGGCGUUUGCUGCUUGAAGUGAGUCGGAGACAGCAGAAGAUAGAUGAAUUGAAAUGCA